AUGUCGGGCUUUAGAUACGCGUUUUCCUUGUCAUCCGAUCAGGUUCGAGACGAAACUCCUCCUGGCACAAUUUCGCUAAGUUCACAUGGAUCCGGCGUAAUCGAACACGGAGAAUCGGCUCAAGGGAGUGAGCUGGUACUUCAUCCUCAGCCCACCUCAAGCCCACUAGAUCCGUUGAAUUGGCCCACAUGGCGGAAAGCGGCUGUGUUAGUUUGUAUGUCGCUCUACGCGGCCAUUGGCAACUUUGCUUCUGCAUCAAUCGCAAGCGCCUUCCCCCUCUAUGAGACACCACUUGCCUUUGAUCCGCCCGUUUCUCUCGGAUCCCUGACUCAUCUUAUUGCGGUAAAUGUCCUCAUGAUGGGCGCCGCAAAUAUUUGGUGGGUUCCGUUGGCCAACACGUUCGGCCGGAGGCCCAUUAUUGUCGGCAAUGUUCUGUUGCUAGUACUCUGCUCAAUGUGGUCUGGGCUUGCUAAAAGCUUUGAAAGUCUGUUGGUUGCCCGUAUAUUUAUGGGUAUCGCAGUUGCGCCUGCGGAUACAAUCGCUCCAAGUGUGGUCGGGGAGAUAUUUUUCACUCAUCAAAGAGGUCGUGCUAUGGGAUUCUAUACUGUUUGCCUCUGCAUCGGGCCUCUAAUUGGAGGCAUUUCAGGUGGAUACAUCGCCGGCAACAAAGGUCUUGCAUGGAUUCAUUGGGUCAACGUGAUCCUGUCUGCUAUUUUGCUAGUUGCCUGUGCCACACUCGUACCGGAGACAUUGUUCAAAAGAGACCAGGAGCCCUCUUCCUCUCGAAUUGCGCAUUCUAAGGAGACCGAUGCUAAGCCUGAGGCUGAGAUCGUGGAAAAUAUGGCCUCUGCAUCUUUCAGUGAUCACUCGAAUCACCAAAGUUUGUCUGCCACCAUGCUGAAAGCCCGAAAGUAUGAUGGGAACAUACUUCAAAAGUUCAUUGCUCCCUGGAAAACGUUGCGCCUGCCUGGGGUUUGGCUUGUGAUGUUUUGGUAUGCCGGUCUUGUGGGGGGCGUGGUCACGAUCACUACUGUCGGACCAAGUAUCAUUGCUUCCCCUCCAUAUCUUUGGGGAAACAACGCCGGCCUGAUCAUGGUCGGGGGUGUUGUUGGUGGCGUGCUAGGGUUCGUUGUGACAGGGUUGACCGCUGAUCGCAUCGUGGUCACCAAAAGCGUGUUGCAGGGAAAGUCAUUAGUCGAGCCGGAAACCCGCUUGCCUGUUGCUAUUCCCGGCUUGAUUCUAGCCACUACAGGACUAUGGGCAUUUGGAUUUUCUGCUCAAAAUCCAGGCCCGACACAUAUGUGGCUUGGGAUGCAGUUUGGGAUUGGAAUGCUUUCCUUCGGCUUGAUGCAAGCGCCAUCGAUCGGAUUCAAUUAUGUUUGUAUCCCCUAA